GAUUCUACCUGUAGGACAAUUCUGAGAGUCUGAACUGUAAAAGCUACACGUAAAGACCACAGUCAUGCCUGAAUGAGGCAUCAACAAAUAUUAUGCGGUCCAGUUCGACCAAUCACCUGUAACUCCAUUGUUGAAGCAUGGUCUACAUGGGUGGACUCUUUCCACUCAAGACCCAAGUUGUGAAGAGCUGACAACUUUAAAGAUGAUCGCACUGUGUCUGAUAUUUCCACUUCUCGUAGAGAUGGCUGGGACUGAAUCCUCAUCCAUCAGUCAGGAGAUUGGUCUCAUGUCAGCCAACGUUGGAGAUACAGUGGUUUUGGUCUGCUUCAACAAAGGCGAGGUGGGAGUAAUGUUCUCCUGGUACAAGCACACUUUUGAAAAUAUUCCUCGGCUCAUCUCGACCAUCUAUAAGUAUGACAGAAAUGCUACAUUUUACCAGGAGUUCAAGAAUAACCCUCGCUUCUCAUUGGAAGGUGGCCAAGGGAAAAAUAAUCUAAUGAUCGCAGACGUGGAACUCUCUGAUUUAGGCACAUACUACUGUGGAAGUUCUUAUGGAAACAAUUUAGAAUUUGGAAAAGGAGUCAUUCUCAUCAUAAAAGGAUCAGAUUCCAGAAAUAUGACUAUACUUCAGCAGCCUGUGUCUGAGUCACUCCAGCCAGGAGACUCUGUGACUCUGAACUGUACAAUACACACUGAGACCUGUGCAGGUGAACACAGUGUCUAUUGGUUCAGACAUGGCUCAGGAGAAUCCCAUCCAGGAAUAAUUUACACCCAUGGAGACAGGAGUGAUCAGUGUGAGAAGAGCCCUGAGGCUGGGUCUCCUACACAGAGCUGUGUCUACAACCUCCCCAAGAGGAACCUCAGCCUCUCUGAUGCUGGGACUUACUACUGCGCUGUGGCCUCAUGUGGGGAGAUACUGUUUGGGAACGGGACCAAGCUGGAUGUUGAAGAUUGUGGCGUUGAUCCACAGAUGGAAAUCCUGGUCCUUCUCUCCAUCAUAAGAUCUGGAAUUCUCCUCUGCUGUCUGAUCAUCAUAAUCAUUGUCUAUAUCACCAGGAAAUAGAUAAAGAUAAGACCAGUGUCAAUAGACUAGAGAUGGGUUUUGGAAUAAAGUUGGAGAUAUUGUAUCAUUGCUAUGCAUUGCAAAUGAUGAAUAACUGAGAUUGCUUUGUUGCUCGUAUUGCAUUUGAAAAAUAUUUGCCAGUGACUUUUAAUUAAAUUGAGCGUCAUCAACCUUGUUUAUGCUGUAUGUGUUAAUUGAUAGAAACGCUCUCCUGAAAACCAUGUAUACAGAAUAUGCCUUUUUGCAUGAAUAAAUAUAUAUUUAAACAACUGA